UUUCACUUGAGCGAACAUCGUAAAUAAUUACCGAUCACUACAGUACCCAGGUACUCUCAAGUGCAACGGCCUGCAGGGGGCCCUGCAGGCGAUAAGCCACGGAUAACCUUAAUUAUUUUUAGCCGAACCGGUCGCCGAAACAGGCGCUACAUUCCCGCGUCAUUUUCGACUAGGCGACCCAGUCUGGCCUGACGAGAUUCAUGUAAGAUCAGAUGAUAAUUGUCAGAGGCUGAUUUGGACCACGUCAAAACUUUCUUUCUCGUGGCAAACAGAAGACCAAACUCUGAGUCUGUCCUCUUCCAAACCUACCACGCAUAGCCGGCCACUAUGGCUCCCAUCCAAAUCACCAUCAUAACGGGCUUCCUCGGCUCAGGCAAGACGACGCUCAUCCUCAACCUCAUCCCCCAACUAAAAGCAGCCAACCCGGACUACAAGCUCGCGCUGCUCAAAAAUGAAUUCGGAGACCUCGCCGUCGACUCACAGCUCGCGUCCUCAAACGCCAUAUCAGGCGUGCGGGAGAUGCUCAACGGCUGCAUAUGUUGCAACCUCGUCGGCCAGCUUAGCGAGGCGCUCAAGGAGCUGCAGGCCCAGGUGACGCCGGACCGGAUCAUCAUCGAGACCUCUGGGUCGGCGUUCCCCGCCACGCUGGCCAUGGAGAUCAACCGCCUGGCCCGCCAGACGGGGCAGUAUGUCCUGGACGGCGUUGUGAGCGUGAUCGAUGUGGAGAAUUGGAAGGGAUACGAGGACACGAGCGUCACGGCUAGGUUACAGGCCAAGUACACUGACUUGAUCGUAUUUAACAAGUGGGAGAACUGUGAUGAGCGGAGAUUCGACGAGUGCCUGGACCGCGUGGGCGAUCUCGAAGUCCAGACCGCAUGGGUGAAGAGCAACAAGGGCCAGGUGCCCAUGAACCUCAUCUUCGGCAUCGACGGCGGCCUGGCACAGUCCAUAACGGACGAGCCGAACGGCCACGGCCACGGCCACGACCACGACCACCCCCACGACGACAACCACCAGUCCGAGGUCGAAGUGCUGUCGGUCGAGCUCGCCGGCCCCGAGGGCUCGGGCGUCGACGCGGCGGCGCUGCAGAAGCUCCUGAGGACGGCGCCCAAGGACGAGGUCUACCGGAUCAAGGCCGUGCUGUCGUCGGCCUCGGCGCUCCGGGGCUCCGACGAGGACCAGGCGACCCCGACGCCGCCGCACCCCGAGAGCAGGUACAUCCUGAACUGGGCGUUUGGCCGGUGGACCUUCACGCCCGUGGCGCGGGCGGCCGGCGAGCACGAGUCGAGCGACCGGAAGACGCUGCGCAUGACCAUGAUCCUCGCGCGGUACGAGAGCGCCAAGUGGAAGAAGAAGCUCGAGGGCGGCGGCCUGCUCGAGCUGGAGGGCGAGGGCGCUCCGGGGCGGCUAACUGUCACCAAGGUCGCGUGAGAGUAUAGAAACACAGCGUAAGCACGAGAGUUUGGGAUGAGAGCGGUAUAGAGAGAUCUGUCAGACACACACACACACACACACACACACACA